AUGACAAGACAUGCUGGCCUUCUUGACCGACACUCUCUCCUCUCGCUUCUCGACCUCGGCGUCAGCGUCAGCGUCAGCGUCAGCUCGCAUGUAAGGUUCUUCUCCUUACUAUGCAUAACCAGGUUCUUCGUGGUUGUUACGGUGUUGACGCUCAACGCUACAGAUAGCUUCUUCAAGACUUCAACAUGUCAUGUCUUCAGGCAGGGAUUGAUAGCAAAGCAAUCGACGUUCUUGGGCGAAAUCUUCGCACGCACCAUUGCAAAUGAACACCGCCCGGCCUACCGAAAGCGUUUCUGCUACCUGAUAGCCUCCGUCAGGAACACCACGUGUCAGGGGGCGCCGUCCAUAACUGACAUUCAAGGCUCAUCAGCUGCCAUAGCGCCGACCCAUGUGCUUGCAAUAUUUAAAUGGCCCUCUACUACUGACCAACUCGACCUGGUCGCUUUUAGCUAUCGGGCCUCUGUUGGGGUUCCGGCAUUGCAGGCUUCCUCCAAACAAACUCCCGACCACAAGCUCCCGACCUCCAACCCAAUGAGCCUCUUUGUUGGCAUGUCGUUGACCGUUAUGCCCAUGUCAGUACAUGUAAUUGCCAAUUCUCAGGCACCGCCGGAAAGGAGCAAAACGGGUAAUGUGCGACAGGACAAUGCAAGUGUUACAGAAUUCCCGGGCAACUGGAUUCAGAAAGGCGCCAAAGACCAUGUGAUCGAGUGGUUAUGCGGGUCAUCGGAGACCUCUCAAAGCGGUGCUUGGAAGCUCCGAGUCAGGCUUUUGCAUACCUAUUAUACUCUGAGCGCUCAUCACUGUAACCAGCAGGUCCACGACAUGUCCGUCCAUACCGUCAAGGAGACAAUAGUCGCUCUGACCGGCUCGAGCAAAAGCGAAAAGAGCAGCAGCAAACGACUAAUGAAGCAGCCAUGUAUUGUAAACAAGCCCAAGCGCGCAUACGAGCGCUUCACUAAUGACACCUUUUGCUGCCAAAUUCAAUUCUUGAAAUCCGGCACUUACAUCUUGGGCGAGAUUGGCGUCGUUCGUUCAGGAAGCGGAUACUGCGGACUGCAAGACAUCUUGCGCAACCAACGAACACGAAACCUCCCUGUGCCGAUAUCACACCUUUGCUCUAUUCGCCGAGUCGCUCCGUUAUGUGACGUCGAUCAGCCGAAGCCCGCGAUUGUGGCAAUCCUGAGGCUGCCAUCUAUGCUUUUGGUAAUAGUAGGCGUGAUAGAAGCUUUUGUACGCCUCCCGCUACAAAAUCAUCACGGCUGUUUCUUGCAGCUUUCACUUCUCCAAGGCAACUUAUUUCCGAAGCACAUCGCGAGGCAGCGGUGCCUAUACAGCCUGAGCCUCUGGGUUUGGGCCACACAAAGCUCUCGUCUAGGCCUGUCAAAGCCUUGCGAACUUGCCAAGGACGAAUCAAGUGUUCAAGAUGGCCUGUUAAGCGAAGAAGUCAGAGGUCGGCAUAACGUCCAGUUGUCAUCGGAAUUGGCUACACCCUGUAGCGAUGCAACCUUGAUAUAUCUCUCCGGUCUGUUUCGGCGACGACGAAUGGCGGCCUUGGAGAUUAGCUCUCCAGCUCCAGGAGAACCGUGGGAAACCGCACUGUUGGAAGUCAGCAAUGACCGCACGAUCUGCCGCAACCCUGUUACGACCAGCACGUCAAAUCCUGAGAAGACUUCCCUUCGCGGCUUCGCCCUCGAACGACCAGCAUGCAUCCAGCAUAGGCCUGUCUCUCCUACUCGUUUACGUGCAGAGCCGACUCGGCUCUUGCAUACUCAAGGAUGUUUGACAGCGGCGAAAACGAAAAGAACUCUGCUCGAGGACUGGAACGACCGAUCCGAAGCCUCCGCGCCCGCGAAGAAGCGCGACCUUGCCCACCUUGCGAACUCACUACUGCGAACCCAAGAUAAACUCACAGUAACUCGCGCUCGCUGCCAAUUAAUGAUAAUCUCGCACGAUGCUCUUCUUCAUCAGCAGCAGUUGACCAGCGGCGACAGAAACACCCACGCCAAGGCCACGCCAAGACCACGCCAAGUGCUGCAGCACCGGACGGCAACAACCUGCUGCAUUGACAUGGGACGAUCAGAAUGCUUAGAAUGCUUAGCAAAACACGGCGGAGCACAGCUGAUGCACUCGACUAAUCAUGAAAUUCCUUGCCCACAGGGUCUAAUGCCUCCUAAUCAUUUCAAUGGCAAAUCUGCCUUCAACGAGCAGGCGGGAGCCAAGCACUAUUCUGCUAAUAAGCGGCUUCUCGAAUGCAUAAGACUCCCUGUACAACUCAUGCCCAUGCCCAUGUGCAUGCAAGACGUGCUGCUCAACCUCAACGUUGCAUACAGCUUAAAGUAUAAGUGCAUCACGUCGCAACCCUCUUCGUUUCACCUAUUCAGGCAUGUCCAAAAAUUUAACAUCUUCCGAGAUACGACAGAUCUCGAUCCAAAUCAUUCGAGAAGGAAAGGAAAUGUAGUUGCCGACGCUCAAGUGUAUCCUCAUGGUCUCGUAUACCAUCUUCGAUCUCUUUUUGCUUUCUCGAAAUUGAACACCGAAUACUGCAUCUCCUAUUUUUUUUUGGUACGCCUCAACGUUUGCAAGGCCAUCAUCACCACGGAACCCGAGCAACAAGCUGAGAUGUCGUGCCCACCCACAGAUUCACAGAAGCCGUUGGUCUUGACCGGAAAGGGAGGAGGCAAGAAGGCUUGCAUAAACAAUACCGGCCACACUUUCCGGUGCCGUGGUGCGGUGCCGGCGCCUGGCGGAUUCCUAAAGACCAAUCCUUCCAGGAAAAAGAAGAGCGGUGCGCUGCGCUUUUGGUCGUGUUUCGUUGGUACAGUACAGCACUCCGCUUCUUUCUCAUACGCCAAUCAAGAUCUAUGA